AUGCGUUUCCUCUGCCUCCAUGGAAUCGGCUCCAGCGCGCAGGUUUUUGAGACCCAGUUAUCGGCCCUAACCGCUGGUUUGGGCUCCCGUUAUGAGUUUGUCUUUCUUCAGGGCGAUAUUCCUUCUGAGGCAGGACCAGGUGUCGAAGGCGUGGCAGACGGUCCAUACUAUUCGUUCUUCUCGCUCCCCACUCCAGACCAGCUGCAUGCUGCGUAUGAAGUGAUCGACCAGGCUCUGGACACUGAAGGCCCCUUUGAUGGCAUCAUGGGGUUCUCACAAGGGGCGUCGCUGGCUGCAUCCUACCUGCUUUCGAAGUCAAACCCCGAGCCACCAGUCAAAUGCGCAGUGUUCUUCUGUGCCAGUAUGCCGUUCGAUGUGGGGUCCUCCUGUUUUUGCCCCUUGGAGGACGGAAGCUUUCAGGAUGAGGUCACCGGCGAGGACGUCUCAGGGGAGAUACAGGAAACCAUCCCCGAACUCCUAGAUCGAGACAAGUAUCCAGGACAGCUGGGGCAACGCUUUCUUCGCCGAUACGAGUCAGGUAGUUCCACGGAGCUUUGCCUCCCCACUGUUCAUGUCUACUCUAGUCAGGACCCAUACUACGCUCAGUCUCAAGGUUUGGCGCGCAUGUGUCAAUCCUUCGACCGAGAAGAGGUGGUGCAUAAAGGUGGCCAUACCAUUCCUUGGGAUGAAAAGAUUACUGUUGAAAUCAUUGAGUGUAUUCGGCGAAUGAUGACAUCGGCAUCUCGUACCCAACAAUCCCUAGUCGGCUCAUGGUCGCUUCUCGAAUACCGGUCAGAGGUGCAAGACAGCGGAGUGACCAUCCAUCCAAUGGGGCAAGGAUCCCGUGGGAUUAUCACAUAUGCACCAAACGGGUAUAUGGCGGUCCAGCUUGUGCCGGCAGUCACCAAGAAAGUGAAGCACACCAUCCAUGAUCUCCUGGCAUACACCGGCCGCUACUGGUGUGAGGAGCAACCUGAUGGGGCUGUUAUGGUAAAACAUCGCCUGGAGGUGUCCUCUGAGCCCGGAAUGGAUGGGUCAAUUCAGCAAAGAUUGGUUACCCUCUCUGACAACCAGCUCACUCUGUCAUGCCCUGCCUUUGUCAAUUUGGAAGUAAGGCACACUCAUUCCCCUCCAGCCUGGCUUGCAUAA